AUGUAUAUUAUAGGCAAUGGACAUUUUCAAAUUCGGAAUCCUUGUUUUCAGGACUACACUCAUGCUGACAUAAAAGCUGCGAAUAUACUGCUAGAGAAGGCGGACGAUUUCUCCACAUGUGUGCUUGCUGACUAUGGCAUAGCUCACUUGUCAAGUAGCAACGAAGACAAACCCGUCAAAAAGAGAGCUCAUGAUGGUACCGCAAUCUUCACCUCAUGUGAUGCGCACCGAGGUUGCCAUCCGUCGUAUCGUGGUGACCUAGAAAUACUCGCAUACAAUAUGGUAUACUGGUUGACAGGCACUUUACCAUGGGAGGCUUGUGUCUCAAAGCCUGAUAAGGUAUAUCAGAUGAAGAAAGCCUUCCUUAAAGGGUUACCAUCAAGUCUGAAUGAGCUUCUAAAGGUUGGGCUCUUCGAUAAAAUAUUUUCGCAAAUAAAUUUUCCUUCUUUUAUUAGCUUGAUCGAGAAAUAUAAAGUACUUAGUAGUUCUUUCAGGACAUCCCGGAAAAUGUCGUGCCACUGGAAAAAAUUUUCGCUAUAG